AUGGGGAUCUUCCGGAAGAAGAUGGGAAAGCCCCUCAGCGAGGAGGGGCGGAUAAAACGCGCAGCAAUUCGGCUCCGCAGGAUCUACAGACUGUAUGGAAACCCAGAGGCCGAGGUGGAGGCACUGACGACCAGGCUCUUGGAGGCUGACAACUUGCUCGAGGUGCGGACGACUUACGAGAUCAUCUGCACGCAAACUCACACCCGAGACAACCGCGAGCUCAAGAACGUGACGAUCCAGGCAUUUGGAAAGUGGGGUGGCGUGGAGGAAGCCCGCCAAGUGUUUGACGCCAUUCGCCACCCAAGGAACGAGGCAUACCGGGCGAUCUUUGAGGCCUACGUGAACAACGGGCAUUUGGAGGAUGCCCGGCGGGUCUUCUCAUCUCUCCCUCGAGCAAAGUCGUCGUGGUGGAUCCAGAUGAUGGCGGCGUACGCCCGCUACGGCAAGGUGGCGGAGGCGAGCGAGAUCUACAACUGGAUGCCGCACAAAAAGGCCCUCGGGUGGAGCUUGCUGCUCAUUGCGUACGCGAGAAACGGCCUGGUUGACGAGGCCAGCGAGAUGCUCCAGAGCGUCCCAGCCUCGGAUUCCAUUGCCGCAAAUGCGGUUCUAGCAGCAUUCGCUCGGGCAGGGAAUGUGGUGGCAGCGAAGGAGCUGUUCGAUUCCAUGCCCGCCAGGACUUCCGGGAGCUGGAACUCGCUCGCGCAGGCAUAUGCCCAGGCAGGGCAUCUUGCCGAGUGCGUCAAGGCCGCCAACUUGAUGCCGGAGACGACGCGGGGGACGUGGGUGGCCAUGAUCAGGGCGUACGGAGACCACGGCAUGGUGGCGGAGGCCCGUACAGCCUUCGACAAUUUGCCCCGGGUGACUGUCGACGCAUGCAACACCCUGAUCGUGGCGUAUGCCCGUAACGGGCAUCUGGUUGAGGCAAAGGAGCUGUUCGACGCGAUGCUGGUGAGGAGCACCGUCACCUGGGCGUCCAUCAUGGAGGCGUGCACCAUGAACAAUCUCGCGGGGCAAGCGCUGGAGAUUUUCCACUGGGAGAAUUGCUCGGGGCAGCUGAUGCCGGAUCAGGUGGUCCUCUCGGCGGUUCUUAGCGCGCAUUCUUGGCUCGGGUGCCUAGACGAUGCGGCGGGGAUCAUCCGCGACAUGGCCUCGGACUACGGCAUCCGGCCGAGAGUGGAGCACUACUGCGCGAUCCUGGCAAUGCUGACGAGCCGAUCAGAGCUGGGAGAUGCCGAGGAUCUUGCAGCAAGCAUGCCGUUCGUGGCCCCGGCCUCGGCGUGGAAGCUGCUCCUGGACGUGUGUAAGAUCCGUCGGGACAGCGCCCGGGCAAGGCGAGUGGCGGAGGAGAUAGUCAGGCUGGAUCCCAGCGGUCGCGCAGAGCCAUUCAUGGUAGUAGCCGGCCUCUACUUCCGCGAGGGCCGGCCGCAAGAGGCCGUGGAUCUCAUGCUGGAGAAGGGGCUGGCCGGUCAAGAUGUUGACCUUUUGACCCGUGGCUAG